AAAACGUCGUCGUUGUCACCCUUCUUAUGUAAGGAACGACGCCGUUUCUCUUGCUCGCCCCGUAUCCACCAACGCGUUCCUUGGCAAUAUCACCUCCUCCUUCCUCUAAGCUCUCUCCAUCCACUGUUGCACCAGUAAGAUGCUCAUCAAUCAGUCGCCGAUCGCAGAACCAAUCUCUUUCCGUCUCUAGAAUCCGAGGUGCAGUGUAGGGGGGAGAGAGCAGUCUCCGAGCCGAUUUAGUUUUUGGAUCGGGUGCGAUCUGUGGAAGCGGUCGGGGAGUCGGGUGAAGCCGACUGGGGAUCUACCAGCGUCGUUGGUCUGGUAAUGUGAUUGGACUCUGCGGACAUGCCGAUGGAUCGGGUGCAGCCGACGAUGGGUCCGGGAACGGAGAUGCCGAUCAUGCACGACAGCGACCGCUACGAUUUCGUCCGGGAUAUCGGGUCGGGAAAUUUCGGCGUGGCUAGAUUGAUGACGGAUAGGCAUACUAAGGAGCUUGUGGCUGUGAAGUACAUCGAGAGAGGCGAUAAGAUUGAUGAAAAUGUUAAGAGGGAAAUCAUUAAUCAUAGAUCUCUGAGGCAUCCAAACAUUGUUAGGUUUAAAGAGGUUAUAUUGACGCCAACACAUCUGGCCAUUGUGAUGGAAUAUGCUUCUGGGGGGGAGCUUUUUGAACGAAUAUCCAAUGCAGGAGCAGGACGCUUCAGUGAAGAUGAGGCUCGGUUCUUCUUUCAACAACUUAUAUCAGGAGUCAGCUAUUGCCAUGCAAUGCAAGUAUGUCAUCGGGACUUGAAGUUGGAAAACACUCUGCUGGAUGGAAGCCCGGCUCCUCGUUUGAAAAUCUGUGAUUUUGGCUACUCUAAGUCGUCAGUGCUACAUUCACAACCAAAAUCAACUGUGGGAACUCCUGCAUACAUUGCUCCAGAAGUACUAAUGAGGCAAGAGUAUGAUGGCAAGAUUGCGGAUGUGUGGUCUUGUGGUGUAACCUUAUAUGUCAUGCUGGUAGGUACAUAUCCUUUUGAGGAUCCCAGCGAACCAAAAGACUUUCGGAAGACAAUACAGAGAAUUCUCAGUGUUCAGUAUUCCAUUCCAGAUUCUUUUCACAUAUCUCAGGAGUGCUGUGACCUAAUAUCACGGAUUUUUGUUGCUGACCCUGCAUUGAGAAUUUCCAUUCCCGAGAUCAGAAACCAUGAGUGGUUUCUAAAGAACCUCCCUGUAGACCUCAUGAAUGAGAAAACGAUGAGUAACCAGUUCGAAGAGCCUGAUCAACCCAUGCAGAGCAUUGAUGAGAUCAUGCAGAUAAUUGCUGAGGCAACCAUACCAGCUGCUGGGUUUCGUACUCUCGGCCAUUAUAUGCCGGACAACCUGGACAUGGAUGAUGACAUGGAUGAUGACAUGGAUGACUUGGAGGAUGAUUCUGAGCUUGAUGCUGACAGCAGCGGGGAGUUGAUAUAUGCUAUACGAUAAACUGGGCUUCCAAAAGACAGCUUCCGCCACAGUAUUUCUUCUGGGUUGGUUUAUGGCUGCUCAAGGAGUAAGCUUGGACAAUGCGUGUAGAAUUUGGUGUAUUAUUACAGCCAAUCACCAUUGAAAAACGGGUGAUGGCUAAUCUCAGUUAUAUAUAUCAUAUGCCUGAUGAGCUUGUUGUGUCCAUAAUAUGCAUAUUUUAUACCUUUAUGGUAGAAUGUGAUUUUACUCCUUUACAGGGGUGGUUAAAAAGUUGUGAAAACUCUUUAGAACAGGUGAAAAUCCACCCUCCCUUGAUGUCAUGUUUAUUCAUCAAUUUUACAUGAUCCUGUUCCAUCUGUUGUACUGCACCCAUUGUUUUUCACAUGAAUACAUUUAUAAUUUGUAUGACAGUUGUCUUAAGUCUUGAUAUCAUUGUAAUAAGACAGGUUUGUUUGGAUAUAA